AUGUACGCAGCAGGAGCAAUGACGACAGUAAUAUCCGCAUUACAGAGAUAUCUGUGCGGAAUAGUAGCCAUACAAGAGAUCAGAUGGACGAAUGUAGGAAAUAUCAAACUUCGUGAUGCGACCAUUCUCUAUAGUUGUGGCCAAAGCCAUGAAUAUGGUGUUGGGUUUAUAGUAAACAACAGUAUAUUACCAUUCGUUAAAAACUUUAUACCACAUAACGAAAGAAUUUGUACAAUACAGUUGGAAUGUAAAUGGGGAUACAUCGCAGUAAUAAACUGUCAUGCCCCAACCGAGAAUAAAGAGGAUCAAUCUAAGGAAGAGUUCUACAAUCAACUAGAAAUAGUUUAUGAUAGUAUUCCUCAUAGGACCAGAAAGAUUACAAUAGGAGACCUUAACGCAAAAAUCGGUAAAGAACAAAUUUUCAAACCUACAAUUGGGAAUCACAGCUUACAUGAAAUAUCCAACGAUAAUGGAAACAAACUUAUCUCAUUUGCAAUGUCUAAAAAUAUGACUAUCAGUAGCUCGCAUUUCCCCCACAAAGAAAUACAUAAACAAACAUGGAUAUCACCUGAUGGGCAUACAAAAAACCAGAUAGACCAUGUCGUGGUCGACGAACAACUCAAACAUAGCAUACAAGAUGUAAGAAGCUACAGGGGGAGGAUGAGUGGCCACUCAGACCAUUUCCUAGUCAAGGUAAAACUACAUAUAAAACUACCCAUCAAAUGGAAUCAAAAAAGAAAAACUUCCCGAAAGUUCGAAUUAGACAAAUUAAAAGAGGAACAGAUAGCUAAUGAAUACAGAAAAGGACUAAAAGAAAAAAAGGUUAACAACUUAAACCUAAACUAUCAAGAACAUUGGACACAAUUAAGUAAAACGAUAAAAGGGGUAACAGAAGAAAAAAUUGGUAUAGUGAACAACAAAAGACCAAACAAUGGUUCAAUGAAAACUGUGAAAAAACAAUACAAGAAAGAGAUAAGGCAAAAUCGUUGGUGA